AUGCAGAAUGUUCAGUCAAAUUGCAAAGAAAGAUUUGUAUACACUAUCGCUUUAGAUUCUCCAGGUGCCUCCCUCUUCCCUCUCAGCGAGUCUGCAUCAUUUCUCCAACGCACCUUGCGUCAGAAUCCCGAACUCGGCCAUUUCUGCAAAGGGUUGAGAGUAUUUGUCGACUGCAGCAAUUGCCACAAAUGGACCGAGCAACAUACAACUAAGAUUAUGCGCGAGUUUACCAACGCGAGGAAGCUCUGCGUCAUUGAAUGCGACUAUACAACAGUGGACCAUGGGGCCUCAAGAUCGACCAUCAUUUGCGAUGUCUUUGAGAGCAUGGAUCACCUCACCGAGCUAAGUCUGGAACAGUUGCAAUGGCAUGAGCUCCUAUCCUCUAUGGGCGAUAGAUCUGAGCUCUGGACACGUCUUUCUAAGUUUCCGUACCUUCAGAUCUUGGAGCUCGUCGGGUUUUCGCCUGGAGGCAAGGUAUUCGAAGGGCUGGAAGGCGCGUCUUCCAUCACGACACUCAAAUUACGCAAAUUUAGUGGGUAG